AUGCAUUGGUACAAAUCAGAAUACAAAGACGUGUACCCAUUGGACAGCAGUGCCAGAAAGAAGAAAAUAGCAGAGCUUAAAACCUGUUUGAGUUUUCAACAAAGUACGCUGCGCAAAACAGGGAACCAGGCAGAAGUGGUGACCGAGGCGCCGUUCCGAAUUGCAUGGCUUGACAAAAGCACCAACAUCGGGGAUGGUGCUGAACUUGCAGUUUGGGAAGCACUUAUUGGAAAGCUGCAAAGUGGACGCUUUUCCAGAAUCAUGGAAGUAGUUGUCAGAGUUACAAACUUUAUUCGUGCACAUACUCUUAAACACCGGAAGUUUCAGUCAUAUAUUGAGGAAUAUGAAACUCACUACUAUAGAGAUCUGGUACUACGCAGCAAUGUUCGUCGACUUUCAAGAGGCAGGCUACUUACAAUCAGUGAUGUAAAAAGCAGAAGAUUCCUUACCUUCCCACUCAGCCAGGAGGAAACAGACUUCCCAAUCGCCUACUCCCUUGUGGUGCAUGAGAAAAUCGAGAUGUUUGAAAGGCUUCUGAGGGCCAUUUACAAUCCCCAGAAUGUAUACUGUGUCCAUGUAGACCAGAAGUUUCCAGAGAACUUCACCAAGGCUGUGAGAGCCAUCGUGUCCUGCUUGCCGAAUGUUUUUGUGGCCAGUAAGAUGGAGAAAGUGGUCUAUGCUUCUUGGUCAUGGGUGCAGGCUGAUCUGAACUGUAUGAAGGAUCUUCUUGCAACAGCUGUCCAAUGGAGGUAUCUUCUGAACACCUGCGGGACUGACUUUCCUAUCAAGACCAAUGCUGAGAUAGUCCGAUCCCUCAAUGUGCUGAAGUCUGAAACCACCUCAGAGCAUAAGAAAACCCGUUGGAUGUACCACUACGAGGUCACUGAUUCCAUAAGCAGGACUGAUACAAAGAAGAGCCCACCUCCUAUUAGCACCCCAGUGUUCUCAGGCAAUGCUUACUUUGUUCAUUUCAAACCAAAAACAUUAAGCACCAUACAAUAAGGGAAAUUAAAAUUACAUUUGAAACUGCUUCCUCUUUAUUUAAUGAAUGUACAUACCAAG